ACUAAUUUGGCAUUUACUUGUGUGUCGUUGUUGUUGGGCGAAUAAGUUUAUAAAGUUCUUGAAGUUCACUUUGGCUCCCCCUUGCACAGUAACAAAAUGAUGGAUGGCACGGAUGAGUCAAAUAUUUUAAACAGUGCCUCUCCCAGCAAUGGUGGGACAAUGGAAAUAGCUUCGCCCACAAACCCCUUGGCACCGACAACAAAUGGUAGCGGUACCGCCACCUCACCGGACAGCUCUUCAUCGGCGCCCAUGACACCUGCUGCGCUUGGUGAAAACGCGCUACAUGUAGAGAUCUCCGAUGCGCUAAGCGAAAAGGAAAAGGUAAAAUUUACUGUGCACACGCGUACAACGCUGCCAGGAUUCGCGAAAAAGGACAACAAUGUAGUUCGACAGCACGAAGAGUUCGUUUGGCUUCACGAUCGCAUUGAGGAGAACGAAGACUAUGCGGGCUAUAUCAUACCGCCCUGCCCGCCACGGCCGGAUUUCGAUGCGUCACGUGAAAAACUGCAGCGUCUUGGGGAAGGCGAGGGAAACAUGACCAAAGAGGAAUUUAAAAAGAUGAAAUCUGAGCUGGAGGCCGAAUAUCUUGCCACGUUUAAAAAAACGGUGGCCAUGCACGAGGUGUUCCUGCGACGAUUGGCCAGCCAUCCCGUCUUUCGCGUCGAUCAGCAUUUAAAGGUGUUUUUGGAGUAUGAUCAGGACCUGUGCGCCAAACCGCGCAAAAAGAUGGACAUUUUUGGUGGCUUUGUGAAAUCGCUGGGAAAGACAACAGACGGCAUUUUGUUAAGCGCCACCGUGCGUGAUGUAAAUGAUUUCUUUGAGAACGAACUGCAAUUCCUUACCGAAUACCAUGGCCAUUUGCGUGAGGCGGCAGCGCGAACUGACAAAAUGACGCAACGGCACAAGGAUGUGGGCGAUGCGCAUCAAAAGAUUUCAAAUGCCUUGUUACAGCUCUCCACUACUGAAAAGGGCCAUAUGGAAACAUUUGCGGCCAAAUCCGCAGAAGUGUUUGAACGGAUCAAGAAUUUGGAGACGCGCGUUGCCAGCGAUCAGGACUUGAAACUGGGAGACACAUUGCGCUAUUAUCAACGAGACAGUGAUGCGGCCAAGGCCUUGUUAAUCAGACGGUUGCGCUGCCUAGCAGCCUACGAGACGGCGAACAGGAAUCUGGAAAAGGCGCGUUCCAAGAAUAAGGAUGUGCAUGCGCCUUUGGAGGUGCAAGAGGCCGAAACCGCGCAAGCCGAGGCUUGUGAGAAGUUUGAAUCCAUGUCUGCCUGCGGCAAGGAGGAGCUGAUUGGUUUUAGAAAUCGUCGCGUGGCUGCUUUCAAAAAGAGUCUCGUGGAGCUGUCCGACCUGGAAAUCAAACAUGCCAAAUCGCAGUACGAGUACUUGCGUCAGUCACUGUUGGCACUCAAGGAGAUUGCCUGAAGAGCUGGACCUGGACUGUGUAGGGCAGUUGUGUUUGUAAAUCAAUUUUUUAAAUAUGUAUUUGAAUAGAUUGCUAACAAGCAGUUGCAGUUUUACAUAUUACCUUUUGCAUUGCAUGUAUUUAAUGUAAACUAUAUAGCAUAGAGCUCGCAUUAUUAUUGUAUUAUCAAAAUUAUUGUUUGUGUGUAAGUGUGAGAGUUAGAGAUGAAAUGAGAACAGAACAGAACGCUUUUGUAUUGAGCAUUCCUUUAAAAAAGAAACAAAUUUACUAUUAUACGAGUAUUGUACACGCAUUGAAAUCUGAAUAUAUAUAUAUAUACAAAUUGAA